AUGGAGUCGAUAUUGCGCUUAUUAGCGCCCCGUCGCGCAUACCGUCUCUUUUACCAGUGCCUGCACACAUCAGCAACACAAUGUGCCACACCUCUCCCACACCCGUCCGUACCUGGACUGCCGCCAGAGACACCUACGCCGUCCGCCUCAGAUGCAUUGGACCGAGUCGCGAGGAAGCAGCGCGCAGCGAAGCCCAUCAGCGUGCUGAAGAGGCGUUUCUGGAACGAUGUCAACGUCAAGGAGAGCGAUAAGGGCCUCCAGGUCUGCCUCGACAACUGCCCCGUCCGCACUCCCAACAAGGACACACUCACCGUCUCUGCGUCGAAGCAUCAGCUCGCCACCGCUAUCGCCCUUGAAUGGGACCUCCUCCGCGUCCGCGACUCCAUCGUCCAGCUGUGCAUGCACUACCUGUCUACAGACACACUACUCUGCUGGGCGCCUAAGCACGUUCCCAACGACGUGAAGCAGAACAGCAAGACACUGCGCCAGCUACAGGACGAGGUUGCAACAGGGAUCAUCGCAUACCUUACGAGCAACGUCUGGCUCGGUGUACAGAUUAAGCCUAUCCUUGACGCCGACAGCAUCGGCGUCAUCCGCGGCUGGUUUUCAGGUCUGCCUGCCUACGAGCUCGCAGGUCUUGAGUGUGCGGUGCUGACAAGCAAGAGUGUGUUGAUUGCCUCGUGCCUCGUUCACGAGUGGGCCGAGAGCUUGGAGGUUGAAGACAUGCACGAUGUCGAGAACGAGGACAUGAAGCGCCAGCUUGGUUGCAUUAUCCUUCUCGUUGGCGGCGACUCUGUGUUCGCCAGCGGUCCGUCGCAGUGUUUGCCAACGGACCGUUGCAGUGUUUGCCAGCGGUCCGCUGCAGUGAUUGUCCAGCUCAUUCGGUUAGUUUGGUUUGCUUCCCCCAGCCCUUCACUGCUACCCCCUUCUACUAUAUAG